AGAAAGCACAGCGCACCGUCGUCGAUUGGUUUACACAUAAUAGGACGCCGCCACCGAAGAAAUUGCUGCGCUUCGUAGUCUGCUCCAAAUAAAAUAAAAUUUUAAUCAUUCGAACAUUUUUACAUUUCACAGAAAUAGCUUCAAUUGCGUCGUCUAUUCCACAUGCCAAACACAGAAAAUCAACAAAUGAUUGUUCUGAUAUUUUAAUUCGGAAAUAUGUAUUACAAAACAAUACUGACGUUUCUAUUUACCGGCUUAAUAUGUGAAGCAACAGUCGCGCAGCAUUAUAAGGAAGUGAGACAUGCCCAACGUCAAAUAAGAGCUGCAUUGGAUAAUGCCAACGCAGCUGCAAGGGAUCGCACCCUUAUUGAUAAUCAUGAUUGUGAAGAGCUGAAAACACUUUGUACGCACAUCAAAUCUACUGAUAACCUUUCGGUCUUAGAAUGCGUGGCCACAUUUACAUCUAGUCAAUUAGAAGGUCUCUCCGAUAAGUGUCAACAUGCUGUGUGGCAUGAAACUAAGGAGCUACUGAAUAAUAAAUGGCUGGAAGACAAUCUCUUGCAAAGAACAUGUAUGAAGGAAAAAGAUAAACUGGAAUCAUGCAUAAAUGCUGUUGAUGUUUGGUCGUGCAUUAAGGAUCGAGCUCAAAUAAUGGAGCAUGGCAACAAAUGCCGUACUUUUAUAAAGAGAGUCAGUGCCAUUUUAUUCCCAGAUUAUGACAAUUUGGGAGAUUUCUUCAACAGUUGUUCCAUGGAAUUGCAGCAACUGGAAUGUGGUCGACUGAAUACUGAACGCAGACCCAUUUCCCAACUUGAGACUGCGGAGUGCUUGAUGCAGACAGGUGCCGAUGUUUUGGGACAACCAUGUAAAGCGGCGGUUGCUCGAAUCGAACAGCAAAAUGAAGAUUUGAGGUUUUUUGACAUUUGCUCCGAAGAUCUUAAACAUUUGUGUCCCGAAGAAGUCACAAGAACACCCGGGGCAUUUAAAUGUCUGGUGAAAAAUAAGGGUAAUCCUGGAAUGACUACACGCUGUGCUGACCAAAUUGGUCAAAGAGAUCGAGAAAUUGCCAAGGACUAUAGGGUGUCCCGUGGUCUGGCAAAAGCAUGCAAAGAUGAUAUUAAGCAACAUCAUUGCCGUCGGGGUGUCUCCGAAGAUAAACAAGUACGCUUGGCUCAAAUUCUACUAUGUCUAGAGACGGUUGAGAAGAAUGGUACAAAAAUUGCUCCCGAAUGUCGCCUGGAAAUUGAUGAUCAUCGUCGCAUGUUGAUGUCCGAUGGACAAUUGUCACCUGAAAUUUUAAAUGACUGUGCUGAUGAUAUACCCAAAUUCUGUGGAAAUGUUGAUAAAUUGUCUAACAUUGGUAUGGGUCAGGGAACGGGAGGUGAAAUUAUUCAUUGUCUAAUGGAGCAUGCUCGAAAGCGGCGUAAAGAUAGGCGUAUUACAUCGCAAUGCCAACGUUCCCUGGAAACGUUAAUUAAAAUCUCAGACGUGGGAGAAGAUUGGCGUGUGGAUCCGGUAUUGCGACGCAAUUGUAAACCUGUUGUAGAUGUUGCCUGUCGAGACACCGAUGGUGGUAAUGCCCGUGUUAUGUCAUGCCUAAUGGAACAACUAGGAACUCCAGUUAUGACAGCAGACUGCGAACAUUCCCUGCUGCUGAUACAAUAUUUUGUAGCCAGAGAUUUUAAGUUGGAUCCCCAGCUGUACAAACACUGUCAUGAUGACGCAAUCAAAUAUUGUCAUGCCAAAAAGCAAUGGGAUGAUGUAACAGACAUACAAAUGGAUCCCGAAAGAGGUCCACUAAUUUUACCCUGUCUUCAUCGUAUGGCUUACAGUGACGACGAACAGAAUACCCUGCGUCCAGCUUGCUUUAAGGAAGUUAAGCGAGUCAUGAGACAAAGAGCGGUAUCUGUCGAUUUGAUACCAGAAGUAGAGGACGCUUGCAUUGAUGAUCUUUCGUAUUAUUGUUUUGACCACACCGAGAAAGGUGCGGAAAUGGAUUGCCUACAAACUAAUUUGGAAAAAUUGCAAAAAUCGUGUAAGGAUGCUGUUACAUCAUAUACCGAGGAAGAAGCUGCACAUGUCGAACUAAAUCCCGUGAUUAUGUCCGUAUGCACUGAAGCCAUGAAAACCCAUUGUGAUCACAUUCUAAAAGGUGGAAAAGACCGAGGAGAUAUGAUGGACUGCCUAAUUUCGCAUAAAAAUGAUGCUGAUCUGAGACAGGAUCUUAAAUGUCGGGCAGCUAUAGAACACUUUCAAAUUAUUUCACUGAAAAACUAUCAUUUUACGUAUAAGUUCAAAGAAGCCUGCCGUCCACAUGUGGUACGUUUUUGCUCAGGAAGUACUACCAAAAAUGAUGUGGUAGCCUGUCUCAGUGAAGUUAUGCGUAACGAUACUAUACGCGGUCAACGACCACGCAUACCCAAAGAAUGCCGCCAGCAAGUCAAAGCGCAGCUAUAUCAACAACGAGAAUCCCUGGAACUUGAUCCAAAACUAGCAAAAGCAUGCAAAAAAGAAAUGGAACAAUUUUGUUCGGAUAAAAAAGGCCCGGGACAGGUGAAUGAUAAGAAUGCUUUGGAAUGUUUAACAUUAAAUACGCCUAGAUUGGGCAGCGAUUGUCAUCAUGCUAUCUUUCUGGUCAAGAAAUCGGAGCUUGGCGAUAGUGCAACAGAUUACACUUUGGUAAAUACUUGUAAAGAAAUGACAUAUAAAUAUUGUUCUAAGGAGGAUCCUAUGCGUCUGCUUGACUGUCUGAAAGUGUACAAGGAUGAUCCGUCUUUUGAUCCACGAUGUCAUUUAGUAGUAGUAAAUCGAAUGAUUGAACAAAACACCGACUUUAGAUUUAACCCCUCGCUACAACUUCAUUGCGGUAAAAAUAUUGAUCGAUACUGUUCCGAUAUUGUAGCAAAUGCACAACCUAAUGAGGAGUUAAAUGGGAAGGUUAUUCAGUGUCUUAAGGAUAAAUUCCGUCGAUCACUCCUCGAUGAAGAGUGUUCCCAGGAAAUGGUGAAAAUUUUGCAAGAGCAGGCUCUUAACUAUAAACUUAAUCCUUUGUUGCAAACAUUUUGUAAACAUGAGAUUGCCGUCCUUUGUAAUCCUGACAACUAUGUCAAAGAGCAUGGCAUGGUUGAGGAGUGUCUUAAAACAGCUUUCCUAAAUCAGAAAAUUGUUAAUCGUGAUUGCCGACUGGAGGUAGCAACUUUAAUUGCUGAAGCCAAAGCGGACAUUCAUGUCGAUCCCAUAUUGGAGGAAGCCUGUACAGAUGAUUUGUUGCGCUAUUGUUCCAAUGUGAAAAAGGGAAAUGGACGAAAACUAAAAUGCCUGCAAACAAUUUUGCAAGAUCAUUCCAAGGCCAUGGAAGAAGACUGUCGUUUAAAAUUACAAAGACGAAUUGAAAUGUUCCGAAAUGCAGAUACGGUAUUAGUUCAGCCGCCGGAAAAUAUGGAACAAUUGGUUAAUCAAGUUGUCACAUCGCCGGCGAAAAAGUUCUUUAUCGUUAUUUUGAUGACUGCUGUUGGUAUGGUAUUCAUGUUGGGUAUCUUCUUCGGACGAGUCACAAAACGUGCAAUGAACACCAAAAAUAAAUAAUAUUUAUGAAAUGAAUGUAAUCUUUCAGUGACUUAAAAAUGUUCUACCAAAACAUAUACAUACAUAUAUUUUUAUAAUUAAUAUUUUUAUCUAGUGAUUCCAUAGAAAAGCUAACAUAAGUUAAGAACAAAAAAAGUAUUGGGACAUUUAUUUGUAGCAACAAGUUUGAAUUCCAAAUUUUAGUUUUAAUGUUUUUAAUUCCAUUUUGUUUUCUGUAUUGGCGUUAUUUUCUGUGUUUAUGAUUUUUUUUAUUAAAUUAUGUUGUAUGUGAAAAUCUUU